GAUCGUUAACAUGGUUGGUGGCGGAGGGAGGGAGAAAGCUUGGCGACUGGCCCGCCCACUCAUGCCCCCUAGCCUUAUAAAGAACCUGAGGAAUGGGAAAGACCCUCUAAGAGUGCCAAACACCCGAAACAGCACUCUGAGAGCUGGGGCGAGAGAGAAAGAGAGAGAGGGGAUUAUAGGUCGCUGCAUUCAUGGAUGAACAAGGAGAAGUAAAAGUCAAGAACCCAUGGCACAGGCCAGCGUUCAUCUUUCUGACUGCUUUUAUCAUCCUGGGGAUCGUCAUCAUGGUGUCCAUUUCUGUCGUCCAGAACAAACCUUUACCCAAGAAGUACAAGUAUGGAAUAGUUCUGGAUGCAGGCUCCUCGCACACCUCUGUAUAUAUCUAUGAAUGGCCUGCCGAGAAGGAGAACAACACAGGCAUGGUACGGCAGAAACACACCUGCAAUGUAAAAGGCAAAGGCAUCUCCAGUUACUAUGAUAAUCCAGAUGGGGCUGGCAAAUCUCUGCAGGACUGCAUGGUGGAGGCCCAGCAAAGAAUACCUGCUCACAGACACGAAGAAACCCCUGUGUACCUGGGAGCCACAGCAGGCAUGAGACUGCUCAAGAUGGAGGAUGAAACGGCCUCAGAAAAGGUACUGGCCUCGGUAGAACAUUCACUGAAGACGUACCCCUUCUCCUACCAGGGAGCUCGCAUCAUUUCUGGCCAAGAGGAGGGAGCUUUUGGAUGGAUCACUGUCAAUUACUUGAGCGAAAACCUAAAUAAGCCCACAGGGACUCUUGGAGCUCUGGACCUGGGUGGCGCCUCUACUCAGAUAACCUUCAUACCUCAACAGGACAUUGAAUCGGAUGACAAUUCUAUUGACUUUAGGCUGUAUGGAAACGAUUAUCACCUGUACACCCACAGCUUUCUCUGUUACGGGAAGGACCAAGCUCUUAAGCUUUCUAUGGGCAAGAAAUUAGUGUCAACAUAUGCUGCUAGCAAGACACACCCCAUUGAGUUAAGGGAUCCUUGCUUCAACCCUGGAUAUAACUCCACCAAGACGGUUCAAAGCGUCUUCAAUACCCCUUGUAUGAAAGCAGUGAACAUUUCAAAUGGAAAUAUCUCCCAUGUGGGGUUGGGGGAUUGGUCUCAGUGCCAAGAAUCGAUCAGAAAGGUUUUCAAUACCAGCCGUUGUGCUUACUCAAAAUGCUCUUUCAAUGAGGUUUUCCAGCCUUCUGUUGAUGGAAAAUUUGGGGCUUUUUCUGCUUUUUUCUUUGUGAUGGACUUUUUGAAUCUGACCAGUGAUUCAUUAGCUGCUACAAAGCAGAAGCUGGCAACAUACUGCUCUACUCCAUGGAAAAAGAUUGUAGAAAAUUAUCCCCAAAUAAAACAGAAGUACCUUUCAGAAUACUGCUUCUCAGGAACAUACAUACUCACUCUUCUGGAAGACGGAUACAAUUUCACCUCUGAAAACUGGAAAGACAUCCGUUUCAUUAAAAAGAUAAGAGACAGUGAUGCAGGCUGGACAUUAGGUUACAUGCUUAACCUGACCAACAUGAUCCCCGCUGAAGCUCCAGACACUCGCCUGAUGCCUUAUGGGGGAUAUGUCACAUUUAUGCUCCUCUUCACACUUUUUAUACUUGUUCUCCUUCUUCUGGCUUACAUGUACUUCCGUCAGUCCACUAGAAAAGCCCAGAAAGGCAUAAUUUAGAUGGAUAUUUUGCUGUGGUCUCUUAAUACUGAAUGUUUAUUUCUGCAGAGAAAAAAAAUCAUGUUUUGAAUUAUCUAAAUGUUCUUACAUUUCAAAGAAUUUGGACACCAUACCUCAUGUGAAGGAUAAACAGGUUUUGUGAGAGAGAAGUUCCACUGCAACUCUAUUCCCAUUUGUGGUUUUUGUGUCCAAAUAAAAGUUUUCUUAAAAAAAUCAAGUCAUAAGUACAGGUUUUAGUUUUUGGGGAACUGGAUGAAAGGGUUGCUGAGCUUUCUUAAAAGGAAAAGUGCACUGACAUUCAAUUUAUUGUGUACCUUUAGUCUGUGUGAAAGUUCUCCCAAUUUAUAGAAAAGCACAUAUCUUCUUGAUGCCAGUAUCUUUUACUUGUUAUAAAGCAAUGUCUGUGAGAUCAAAGGUCUCUCGUUGUAAACCUUCUUUUGCAUAAUGGUCAUAUGAAUAUCACUGGAUAUCAUUGUUUAAGCAUUGUUUUCGGCAUAGCACUUUUUUUUUACGAAUUGCAAAAUGGAGAGACAUUUUGCUAGGUCUGUCAUUGCAUGUUUUUUAUUUUUGCUGUUUCUUAUUUUUUAUUGCAAUGUUUUUUAU